AUGCUUUGGCAAACACUUCUCUUCGCUGCGGCAGCUGAUGCCCAGAUCUCGGCUGGGCUGAACCACCUGAGGUUCGGCUGUUCUCAACUUACUAUUGAGCGUCUUGACCCUUUGGUUACGCCUGGCUUGUAUCCCAGUCCUCACAUGCAUCAAAUCAUUGGAGGAAAUGCGUUCAACGCAUCCAUGCCAAGCACUGAUAUCUCUGCUCUCGCAUCGUGCACUACUUGUGGCCCUGCAGAUGAUCUUUCGAAUUACUGGACUGCCAAUCUGUAUUUCAAGGCUCGCAAUGGCUCAUAUAAACGUGUUCCUCAGAUGCCAAACAGAUUCCUGUUCAACGAUAGAUUUACCACGCAGACUUCUGGCGGGGUUACUGUCUACUACAUAUCUCCCAGUAAGGGAAAAGUAACUGCCUUCAAGCCGGGGUUUCGAAUGUUUGUCGGCGAUCCUCUCAGACGGCAGAAGAAAUACAAGUCCCAGAGCUGCUUCCGCUGCUAUUCUGGACCAGACUUUGGUGGUGAUAAUGUAGCUCCUUGCAGUGAUGCAAAGCUUGACACCGAAGGCUUCCCGACUGGGCCUUGCCUGGGUGGCAUUCGGUCCAACAUCCUGUACCCGACCUGCUGGGAUGGCAAGACGCUCGACACACCAAACCAUAUGGAUCAUGUCGCCUAUCCCAAAUCCGGACCGUCAAACUUUUUGUCAACUGGUGAUUGUCCUUCCACUCAUCCAGUCAAGAUACCGCAGCUCAUGCUGGAGGUUGUCUGGAACACCACAGGAUUCAACAAUAAAGCCGAGUGGCCAGCCGACGGCUCCCAGCCUUUCGUCCUCAGUACCGGUGAUCCUACCGGGUACGGUCAACAUGGGGACUACGUCUUCGGUUGGAAGGGCGAUGCUCUGCAGAGAGCGAUGGAUGAUAAUGGAUGUUUUAGCGCUACUUGUGGGAAACAGAAGUCGCAAGACAUCGCUGUCGCGAAGAAGUGUGUUAUUCCUAAGACUGUUCUUGAGGAUGUCGAUGGAUGGUUCAAGGAGCUUCCAGGGAUGAGUCCGAUGUAG